ACCGCCGGCACGUGUUUCCAGCCCGCCAGUCGGGUGCCGCCGGCCAUGGGCCCGCGCGGGCGCGGCCGGGCUGGGGCGGUCCAAAGUACGAACGACAGCAGCUCCCUGAGCAAGUCCUCCCUCGCGGCGCACGGCUACGUGCGGGAUCCCUUCGCCGCGCUGCUGGUCGCCGGCGCCCCGCGACGCGCGCCGCUCAUCCACCGCGGGUACUACGUGCGCGCGAGAGCCGUAAGGCACUGCGUGCGCGCCUUUUUGGAGCGCGCUCCCGCCGAGGGCGGCGCGCGGCGCCGGCAGAUCCUCUCCCUGGGCGCUGGCUUCGACUCGCUGUACUUCCGCCUUAAAGCUGCGGGCCGCCUGGCUCAGGCCGCCGUGUGGGAAGUGGACUUCCCCGACGUGGCCGAGCGUAAGGCGUCGAGGAUUUGCACCACGCCGGAGCUUUUCGCCGUGGCUGGGCCGCCCCUGAGUGGGACGGAGCCCGGCCUCGGCCCGGCUACACGCUUCGCCAGCGAGGACUACCGCCUCCUGGGCAGCGACUUGCGGGACCUGCCGGCGCUGCGCGACGCCCUGGAGGCGUCCGGGUUGGACGCCGCGGCGCCCACGCUGCUGCUGGCCGAAGCCGUGCUGUCGUACAUGGAACCGGGCAGCGCUGCAGCCCUGGUGGCGUGGGCCGCUGGCCGCUUCGACAACGCUGUCUUCGUGCUCUAUGAACAGAUGGGGCCGCACGACCCCUUCGGCCAGGUCAUGCAACGGCACUUCCGGCGGCUGAACUCGCCCCUACACGGGCUGACCAGCUUCCCCGACGUGGCGGCCCAGCGGCGGCGUUUCCUCGACGCCGGCUGGGCGGCCUGCAGCGCCCUGGACUUGAACGAGUUUUACCACAGCGUCCUCCCUCUCGAGGAGCGGAGGCGCGUGGAGACCCUCGAGCCCUUUGAUGAGUUUGAGGAGUGGCACCUGAAGUGCUCCCACUAUUUCAUUCUAGCCGCCUCCACUGCUGGCUGUGUGGCUCAAACCCCCUUGCUUCCCCCCGUGGAGGCUUUUCCUCGAGUGGAGCCAGCCUCUCCUACUGGUGUCUUGUCCGCCCGUAUAGUAGGGGAGUGCCAGGGCUUCGACCUGAAGCGUUUUGGCCACGCCUCAGCCCUCCUAGGCCCCGAUGUUAUCCUAAGCACCGGGGGCUUUGGGGAGCACGACGGGCGACAUGUGAGGAUGAGCAAGUGUCAUGUGCUAUUUAGACAGCCCGGCUCUAGGUGGAAUGCAAGCCACGUGGGUGGGCCUGGAACCCAGUGGGAUGGGCGCCUCUUCCACACCAUGACCUCCUUCUCAGAUACUCUGGUUCUUGUGCUGGGUGGGAGGCUGUCCCCGGUGACUCCCGCCUCGGGGAUGUACUGGCUCAGCUGCCUCUCCCCGGAGGGAAAUGAUCCUGACAACCUAAAGGUGACAGUCACCAAGGUUGGCGCUGAGUUCCCCUCUCCACGGUGGCGACACUCAGCAGCCAAGGUCCUUUGUAAGAGGCAGAAAUACUUGUUUGUAUACGGGGGGCGCAAUGGGAAGGAUCCAGUGCUAGGUGACUGGCUUUUUCUACACAUGGACACAAUGACUUGCGUCAGUUUACCAGUAGAGGGGCCAGAACCUGAUGCUCGACACUCUCAUAGUGCCUGCAGUUGGAAGGGAGGAGCCCUCAUUGCAGGAGGCCUGAGUGUUUCAGAGGAACCACUGGGCUCUAUAUACUUUCUGAAACCAGUCUCUCAUGGAUUUUGUUGGGAAAGCUUGGACGUUCAGCCUCCCAUCACCCCGAGGUAUUCUCACACAGCCCAUGUAUUUGAUGGAAAGCUGUUGCUGGUGGGAGGGGUCUGGAUUCAUUCCUCCUAUGUUCCUGGAGUGACUGUGAUUGACCUGACCACAAAACUGAGCUCUGAGUACCUUAUUGACACAACUUAUGUUCCAUGGCCUCUAAUGCUGCAUAAUCAUACCAGCAUCUUCCUACCAGAAGAGCAACAACUCCUUCUCCUUGGAGGGGGUGGGAACUGUUUUUCUUUUGGUACCCACUUUAAUUCCCACCCAGUCACUUUGGAUGUCACUUCUUUGAGGCUUAGGCAAUGAUUGCUGCUGUUCAUGUAGUAAUAGGUUGCUUAGGUAUGAGGUGUCCAAAAUCUUCCAUCUCCUGAAAUGUUGAAUGGAGGUUGUCUCAACUUUUCUCUGAGAGAUAUAGACCAGCAAGGGUCCCUUGUGUAGAAAAUCACAGAUACCUUAGUUAAAUUAUGACUACAAAUGAGGCCAUGAAAGUGAAUAUAGAAGCAUACCUGGGAUUGUAGGUGGAUAGGGCAACCAACCACACAUACCAAUCAGUGUCUGUAAAAAACCCCAAACCGAAGUCUGAAACAAAAGUGGAGCAGCACAAAAAACCAGCUUGAACAAAAACGGGAGGAAUUCCCAAGAAAACUUGCAAAUCUGCAUUUGCAAAGUUGUUGGUUUCAGUCCAUGUUUUACCACUUAAUGUUUGUAUAAUUGGUUUAGGUUACACAUUUCCAGUUAGCUUGUUUCUUUAAGUUGAAUUUUGUUUCUUGUUAAAAUUGUUAAUUUAUUUUGUUUUAUAAUUUGUCCCUUCCACUACACCCCCCCCAUGAAAACCAAAACCCCAUCAUAAUCAUAUAAUGCAGCAAAACAAGUUUUCAAUUUGACCAUGCCUCAAAAUAUAUUUCUGCAUUUUAAUUCAUCACCUCUGGCAGGAGGCAAGUGUCAUCUUUAGUCUCCUGAAGUCAUGGUUUAUUAUUGUAUUGAUCAGAGUCUAAAGUCAUUAGUCUAGUUUUUUUUCCUACAGUUUUGUCAUGUAAAUUGUUCAUAUUCUCACUUCACUCUAUGUUAAUUUUUUUCAGUCUUCCCUGUUUUCUCUGAAAUUGUCAUUUCUUAUGGCAUGAUAAUAUUCCACUGUGUUUAUACAUCAUGAUUUGUUUCACUACUUCCCAAUAAGACAACUGCAUAGUUUCCAAUUUGGGGUUUCUGUGAAAAGAGCUGCUAUAUUUUUGUGUGUAUGGGUCCUUUUCCUCUUCCUCUGAUCUCUGGGUUAUAGACCUAGUGGUAUAUCUGGGUUCAGUUUAGUAACUUGGAGCUUAGUUCCACAUGGUCAUUUUCCAGAAUGGCUAGACUAAUUUGUAGCUCCACCAACAAUGAACCAGUGCCUCUGUUUUCCCUCUGUUCCUCUUUAUUUUUGAUGGGUAUGAAGUAAAUCCUCAAGUUGCUUUAGUUGGCAUUUUUUUCUGGUGAUGUAAAGCACUUGGUGACUUGUAUUUCUUCCUUUGAAAACUGCUUGUAUAUGUCCUUUAGCUAUUUAUUUACCUCUCAGUUUUAUAAAUUUGAAACCUGUAUCAGAGGAACUUGUUGCGAUCAAUUGGAUUUUGUAGUGUCUUGCACACAGUUCAUACAAUAAUGAACUGUUAGGGAUGCAUCUUGAAUUUUCAACCUUAAAUCUCACCUCUUAUACUGAGCUUCACCUUACCUCCUGCUCAAAGUAUAUAACCUUGUGAGGUAAGGAGUGCAAAGAUUUAUAUUCUUGAGGGAUGAGGAAUUGGAAGCUUGGGUUAAGUGACUUACCCAAGGUCACUUAUCACUUAUCAAGUAUGAUCUAUUAUGCUAAAUUACAUUUAUACUAGUCAUGGGGGUUUGAGGCUUUAAGAACGUGGGGGGAUGGAGCAGUUAGGUGGUACAGUGGAUAAAGCACCAGCCCUGGAUUCAGGAGGACCUGAGUUCAAAUCUGGCCUCAGACACUUGACACUUACUAGCUGUGUGACCCUGGGCAAGUCACUUAACCCCAAUUGCCUGACCAAAAAAAAAGAAUGUGGGUGGGGGGAAAGCAAAUAUGCACAGGCAAAAAUUCAGCAAGCAGUGGUUCAAAUGCAGGUGUCCAAAGGCUUCUAAUUGGAAAUCUUGAGGUAAUAUAUCUGUAGGUAAGACCAGGAACAGGAAUGAGGGGAGUGGCUUGACAGUACACCUAGGAGAAAGGCCUUAGUUGUCGCAUAUAUUUGUUUCCCAAGGAAAAGUAUGAACUUAGAGUGUGACAAUGAAAGGGGGCCUGGAUAUUCAAAAGAGAGUUAUAGGAAUAAUACUACAAGAUACUAUGUAGGAAAAGAAUUCCUUUCUAUCUGGGGAGAGCCCUACGUUUGAAGGGUGUUUGUGGUUAUGUAGUGUCAUAGGCAGGGCAUAUUUGAGGCAGCUAGAUAGUACAGUAGAUAGAAUGUUGGGCCUGGAAUCAGGAAACCUGAGUUCAAAUCUGGGAUUACAUAUGUACUAU